GGUUGGGUAUCAGUGUUUGACCGAGAAGCACUUUGCAUACUCAAAGGAGAAAGCGAGCUUGACCGCCCAGUGCUAUUUAUUUCCGAAGCUUAUUUUUUGGUAGUGACACCGUGAGAGCUUUUGUCAAGAUGAUGAAGAUGCUGGUUUUGUUUUCCCUCCUCGUGGCCAGCGCCGUCUCCGCUCCCCAAGGUGGAAGAUCCUCAAACUUCCUCGUAGAAUACCGCGACCUGAAGCCAAGUGUUCCCGAAAUUGAAGUGAUCCCGGUGGACGCUUCUUCACCCGAGGACCCGUCGGCAGGAGUUUACGAAAUUAAUGAGAUCGCCCCGAAGGAAACACCCUCGACCAGCUGGUUCAGGAGGUGGUUGCGUCGCAUUUUGGGUCGUAAGCCAGCCACGCCCACCACUUCUGCUCCCACGCCCACUGCGCCCACCACCACUACGACCCCCCGCCCACGAAGCCUCCACGGCGACACGGACGUCAACUACCUCGGCCCCUUCCCUCGUGAAAAUCCUGACGCAGAGAUCUUCGACGUCGAGCUCGUGAGAGAAGAUGCGCUGAGGCACUCAUCCGGCCUCGCCCAGCCGAUGAUGUCACAGCCAAUCAGAUCGCAGCCGAUGAUGUCACAGCCCAUCAGAUCGCAGCCGAUGAUGUCACAGCCCAUCAGAUCGCAGCCAAUGAUGUCACAGCCCAUCAGAUCGCAGCCGAUGAUGUCACAGCCCAUCAGAUCGCAGCCGAUGAUGUCACAGCCCAUCAGAUCGCAGCCGAUGAUGUCACAGCCCAUCAGAUCGCAACCGAUGAUGUCACAGCCCAUCAGAUCACAGCCGAUGAUGUCACAGCCCCUGAGAUCUCUCUGAGGUAGAGGGAUGUGCCAGUCGUCACGUCACAAGACAGCUUGACUUCAUCCUCGUUACAUCAUAGAAUCACCAAACGCUCACAUCGGUCACCCUCACCACAAAGGCUAUUCGAUUCCCCUUCGUCUAUUCCCUCUUUUUUUUUCUUCCUUUUUUUCUUCAUCCCAGUGACCUCACGCACCCAGCUGUUCUCGCGCUGACCCCAUGACCCCGUUGGAGCAGCUUACUAUUUAUUUUUGCCAGUAUUAAGGGUCAGGAUUCAAAGAUAAUUUCACAGGGCGAGGUCAAUGCACGCCUCCCGCUCUCGUUCUAUUUAUAUAAAGGAUCCGAAUGUCAGUGAAAAAACAAAAGAGUGUCGUUGCGUUCGUUAUAACUGUACCAAAGAUUUCCAUGGCAUUUAUAGGUGUGUGUGUGAUUAUCUCGUUAUGACUGUUUGCAUGUGUGUAGUAUUUCCUUAGGCUUGGAGAUUAUGUAUUUUUGUUACCGAAUAAAUGUGCUUUGAAAUACA